UCCGAAAUCAGGCGAAGAAGUCUCUCUCUCUCUGUAGCAGUUUCAGCAUCGGAAUCAAUUUUGGGAUUUGGGAGAAAAUGGCGUCGGGGUGGGGGAUAACGGGAAACAAAGGGAGAUGUUACGAUUUCUGGAUGGAUUUCAGCGAAUGUAUGUCUCAUUGCAGAGAGCCAAAGGAUUGUUCUCUUCUUCGUGAAGACUACCUCGAGUGUCUUCACCAUUCCAAAGAGUUCCAACGAAGAAACAGGAUUUACAAAGAGGAGCAGCGUAAACUAAGAGCGGCUUCAAGGAAAGGCGAAGAAACCGGGGAUGGCACUCAUAGUCAUCAUUAAAACGACGACACUAAUCAUCCUUGGAGUUUGCAUCUUUCGCAGCCGAGAAGAAGAAUAAAAAGCUUCUUGAUGAUUCUGUAUGUUGUUCCAAACUUCAUUUGAUCGUUUUCACUAUGCUUUUGUUAUGAAAGCUCUGUUUUUUUUUCCCUUUUCCUUGUCUAUUUCCUUUGACUGAGUUGUAACUUGCCUUUGGCUGUUUAUCAAACACAGACUCCUUCUCUCAUGGUAAUAAUUCAUUCUCUUACAGGUAUAU